CACGCCCUGUGCGUCACCGCGCAGAGUGGAGGAGUGGAAGUCGGGACGCUCCUCUCUCCACUGCUCUUUCUCCCUGUCCCGCCACCUUCACUUCACUGUCUCAGCAGCUCGGAGGAAACAUGUUCAUGAGCUCAACACGAAGCCUUUCGCAACCUCCGGUCUCCUGACGCACCGCGGCACAGACUGCGCUCCGCUCCACCGCAGAAAAUGGCCGGGCAGAACCAAAGCUGUCAUUACAAUGAGUCCAUGGGCUUCUUCUACAAUAACAGCGGCGAUAAAGAUGAAUGGGCCACGACGAAGUUGGUUCUGGUGCAGGUGGUGGGCUCGCUCUUCUGCUGUUUCAUCCUGUUUUCCAACGCCAUGGUCAUAGCUGCUGUUAUCACCAACAAGAGGUUCCACUACCCGUUCUACUAUCUCCUCGCCAACCUCGCCGCCUCAGACUUCCUGGCAGGCAUCGCGUACGUGUACCUCAUGUUCAACACCGGGGAGGUGUCGCAUACACUGACAGUCAAAGAAUACUUUAUCCGCCAGGGUCUGCUGGAUGUCAGCCUCUCGGCCUCGCUGUCUAACCUGCUGGUUAUAGCUCUGGAGCGCUACAUCUCCGUCAUGAACUUUAAGGUCCACAGCAACCUGACGAAGAGGAGGGUGACCCUGCUCAUCGUGCUCGUGUGGGGCAUCUCUAUCUUCAUGGGGGCCGUGCCGAGUCUGGGCUGGAACUGCAUCUGCAACCUGAGCGACUGCUCACAGCUGGCGCCGAUCUUCAGCCGGAGCUACCUGAUCUUCUGGUCCGUGUCCAACCUGGUGGUGUUCCUCGUCAUGGUGGCCAUCUACAUGAGGAUCUACGGCUACGUCAAGAAGAAGACAUCGGUGCUCACGCCGCACACUAGCGGCUCCAUCAACCGCAGGAGGACGCCGAUAAAGCUAAUCAAGACGGUUAUGGUCGUGCUUGGGGCCUUUGUGAUUUGCUGGACCCCCGGCCUGGUUGUCCUGCUGCUUGACGGCCUCCACUGCAAGAGCUGUCAAGUCAUGAAACUGAAACGCUGGCUGCUGCUGCUGGCCGUACUCAACUCCGUCAUGAACCCCUGCAUCUACUCCUACAAGGACGAGGAAAUGUGGGCGACCUUCAAGAACCUCAUGCGCUGCAUCGGAAACGGGACCCGGCGGCAGCGCUCGACGAAGGCCAACGCCAGGCCGCUCAGCUCCGGUCAGGACACGGGCAACAGUCAGCCACCGUCAGAGGAGGUGAAGAAUGAGGAUCAGGGAAUACUCAAGACCUGAAAAAAUGAAACUUGUGAGAAGAUUUUCUUCUGGGCAGCGUUGGCUGGACGUACCUUUCACGGAGAUUCAGAUUAGAGAUGACAUGAAAGAGGAACUACACACUUUGUCUCCACUGUUGCCCACAGAUUAGAAAUACUGAUCUUGAAGAGACGCUGCAGGUGAACUGCUCUAGAGCUGAGGCUGGGGUGAGAUGGAGAUAAGAGACUUAAAUGCACUAAUAAUAACUAAUAAUGGAUGCAAGGAUGUGCUUUUAUUAUUUUAUUAUUUUUGUACAUGACUCCCAUUUCCAUAUAAUGAAAGAGUGCUGAUGCAUUUCCAUCCUUUCUUUUGGGGCUCCCUCCUUCUCAUCCCUGUGGGUUAUUUAAACAUGGAUGAUACUGUGCUCCAAUGACUGAAGAAAAAAGCCACUAUAACGGCACAUACAUUUCUACUUUUACCUCAGAAUGGGGUAAAAUGAGGGAUAUGUAAAGUUAUGUAAAAAUAAAUGGUUGUCUCUUCAAUAGAUGAACAACACUCAAAUUAGCCCCUUGUUUAUAGGCAGGUACUAUAAGGUUUUAGGUUUUCUUGAAUAUGGCAUGGUUUUAAUCAUUUUAACAUUUCUUUUUAAAACACCCAGUGAGAAUUACUGUAAACUGCUGUACUGAAUGCAUCGACUUAUAAAUCCUGCAAAGAGUCAUUUUAGCUGUGUGAUGGGGAGCGUGCUGAUUAUUUUUGGCCAUUUAAUCCCCUAUUGGUUUGUGAGGCAGUUUUGCCUUUGGGGAAGAGCUAACAGCGUCACUCUCCUCUUGAACCCAGCUCUCCUCUUCUUCCACUUUUAUCAGCUCACCUAAACAAACAGAUAAACUCUAACCUGCAGCACUGCAGGCAGGCAAACUUGUUCACCCUGUAGCAUUGUCACACAUCCGCCUCAGCCCACUAAACUCACUGGUGUUGCUCUGACGAAACAGUUGCUCGCCCCGAGAAUGUAGGGAUUGUAAAAAAUGAUGUUGCGACACACUGGAUUCCUGCUGGAAGUUCAGCAUACACUGUGUCCGUACAGGAACUGAAGAGCAUACGACUGAAUGCUGCUCCUGCUGUGACGCCAUUAAAGCCUUUUUUUCUUCUUCUUGGGAGUGUAGGAUGGCCACAUAUGAGCGAUGUGUGUGUGUGUGUGUGUGUGGAAAGGUUUACAGCUUCAGUGGUGUUUCUUAAUUGAACUGAGGUUUUUCAUGAUAAUUUCCUGCGUCUUUUAUGUGUUUAACUGUUUAAAUUCAUGAAAGUGACCUUGCUAAACAACUUUAGUUUCAUGUCUUUUCAGACAUAACAUGUACGAUAUGUCUGUUUUCGCUUGAUGAAAUAACAUGAUAGAGAAACAGCUGCAGCACAGAGAUUAGUUUCACUACAGUGCUUAUAAUGACUUUUAGUGUGUAGUUGUCUAAUAUGAACAUCAGGUUGAAUGAUUCACUCAAAGUUCAGGGUCAAAUGAUAUGUAUUUAAAUAUAUAAUGUACAAUUAUAAUGUAUUUUAUAAUAAUAUCCAGAUUGUGACUUAAUCCACAUUCUUUUAUUAUAUUUUCUGGCUUUCACUAAGCUCGACAUGUUUAACCUCUGCAGCAGUCAGUUGUUUGACCAGACCACCACUAUGUUCCAAACUGAAAUGUCUCCACUAGUUUUGGAUGGUUGGUCAUUCAAUCCUUUACAGACAUUCAUGGUCUUCAGAGGAUGAAUCCUACUGAUGGUAGCAAACCCCUAACGUAUCAUUUAACACCUCCAGCAAGUCAGUGUUUUCACCUCUCUGGUGAAAUAGCUCAACUUCUGAUAGAAACUAAGCUAAAGAGAAAAUAUACUAUGGUCGCCAACUCUCAGUGUAGCGCCACCAUGUGUUUGAUAUUUGUGGAUUUGACCAGAAAAGUGCUAAUUAACAUUCUAAUGUGGUAAGAUCGUGAACAUGGAAUCAUAUGACUGUGUUUGCACAACAAUGCAAACACAGUCAGUGCGAGCGUCUUAGCCUGCACACGAUUUUUUUGCAGCUUCACGGAGCUGUUACAGCGGCUGCCGCCUUCGAAAAUGUAGAACACACCGACCACUUGGCACCUGACGGCAACCAAACCAAACCAUAAUGUUACCUGCAGAUCCUGUUUGACACACCGAGUCUCCUCAUUUUGUAACAAAGAAACUGUCAGUAACUGAUAUUUAGUAUAAGCAUAAAUUCUCAAAUGUCUGUGCACUAACAAAAGAAACACUGAAAUCAUUAUCGGACACUACUAUUACAUGACUUGCUCUGCGCUGAGUAAAUGAUGACGUCCCACUGCCUGAGAUUUCCGACGCUCUCGAGGAGCCACUUCAGGACGAUUUACCCUUUUGAGGCCAGUUGAUGAAUGACCUCUACUUUCAAAUCAGCCCGUCUCCGACCGGACUAAGCUCCAGAGGAAAAAUGAUUUACUCUGAAGUGGGAGGAACAAGAUUUUCCACUUAAUUAGGCUGCAAACCACUUGCAUCAGUGCAAGUGCCCCCCCCCAUCCGACCUGCCAAAAAAAAGCUUUCUCCGAUAAACCUGACACUAUUUGGUGUAAAGAAGGAAAUAAAUCAAGGCAGUCUUGUUCUGUAAAACAUUUUUUAAAAAAGCCUUUAUUAGUGUUCCUAAUGCUCAUUGGCCUUUUCAGAGUGAAUAACCAGAAGUAACGGAAGGGCAAUAUGUAUAUAUAUAUAUAUGCUUGUAUAUGUCUCUUUAAUGUGGUGUAUAUACAGUUUUUGUAUAUAUUUUAGUGCUGGAUCGUUCACUGUGUUUUUUUUCUGCAGUAUGCACGUUGUCUAAUUGUGUCUUUUUCCUUUAAUUUGAGUUACCUGCUCUGUCUAUCCACUUGUGACGUUGCAUGUGACCUCAUAUCCAUAAGUGGGUCAAGACCUUCAGGCCGCAAGCAGAACCUGUGACUUUAUUCACCAUCACAUCGUUUUUAGCGAGGCAUCACAUAAAAGGGACUAAAUCUAAGGGACUCGACUCAUUUAGUCAACUUCCAAAUGUUAUUGUGUCUUUGCUGCACAGCAAAGUCUAGCUAGCCAACGUUAGCAUACAUCGGCAAAAGACGUAUUUUCUCUAUUUCAUUUCAUGAAUAGAUGCAUUUUUGUAUAUCUUUAUCUACUAGCCACAAUAAUAGCUAGCUUUGGUUGAAAAUGAACACCCAUGUGCAAAAAAACUCAUUUCACAAGUCACACUUUUUCUUUUUUUUUUACCUUUCUGACACUAUUUGUAUUUAUCCUGUAAAUGUCAUUCCCUCUCAAAUGUUUUAUUGAGAAUGGAGCAAUGUUGUAGUCUAAAGGUGAAACCAAAAAAAGUCUAAACAUUAACAUGUGCUUUGUAAGUUAUAAACACCGUUGUCUCGAUGUAAAUGAGUAAGCGCUUUUAAAAUUGAUGUUAAUAUAUUCUGCACACUGUAUACAUGGUUGCUCUGCAUUUCCCAUAAAUCAUGUUAAAGAUUCAAA